AUGGCACCUGGCCGCGUUACCGUACGUCUGAACCCCGGCUGUUCUGACGGUGAUCCAUUGCACGUCCCCCCGCCAGGUGCCUACACCCACGUCAGCCCGCCCACGCUAUACCUGGAGAAGAUAGCGCAGGCAUGGAUGGAGCAACGUGGAGAGGCGCAUCCGGGCGUGCAAUAUAUUCUCGAAGCUCUCCCUGCAGGCUACACCAUGUGGCAUAGGCCCCGCCCAUCUGACCCCAAGUGUGUCGACAAGUAUCUGUUUGGACAUCCCAGCCACAAGCGCUUCGACUCACCCAACAGGUUUUUUCCGCACUUCCACUACUUGAUGAACAACGCCGGCAACAGCAUAGGAUGUCCCUGCACCGUCUGCCGAGGUAACUCGGGGCUCCUUCCUCGCGCUUCGCCCAACAGCUCUUGCGUCCGAAGCUCUGGUACGGCCUCGAGACGUUCAUCCACCGCGUCCGCACCUCUCCCACGUCGCCCUAACAGUGACCAUCGUGCACAGCUAGCCCCGGCCGUACCUGUACGUCCCAUGGCCCAGGGACGACCGAAGAAGCUCAGCCCAGGCUUAGAUAUUGGCAAUGUCGAUCAGGAUGGGACACCUGAUGUCUACCGAAACUUAAUUGACAAGCUUCGGAGCCACAAUUACGUUGAUCAGGCGAUCCAGGAGCCCUUGAGCCCCGACUGGCGAGCAGAGCAGGACAGCCUACCCAAGCUACUCCACACGCUCAAAUCUCAAGACCAAUGGGUUCCGCGAAACGGUGACAUUGUCUUGUUCGUUCGCAACUUGCCAGAUGGACUCACCCUAGCUCGAAAUGAUGUCACCGACGAGGUGCAGUUGUAUGAUGCGCACAAUAACAGGUUUCUCCAUACUCCACAGUGGGAGGCUGGUCUAGUCACACAGGCCGCUCCAGGACCAGCAAUUACUGACAUCUCAGAGCCAAACACGAAUCUAAGUGUGUCACGCUCUGGUCUGAAAGUGGAGCCGGUCCCUAACCCAAACAACCCCGACAAAACCUUGUCGAAGCGAUACAAGCAUGUCUCGUUGCGACAAGCCCGCCCUUUCUUCCUAUGGCAAGAGCUACUACAUAGUGACCAAGACCAAUGGCAUCCAAGCAUCAAGAACGCUCUUGCGCUGACCUCGACCCUUUCGCUCAUGGGCAAGCAUCGCUUCCGAGGCACAUGGCCCAAUGCGACCAUAUACUGUCAUGGCAUCUUCAUCGGGCCAGAGAUGCUGGUAAUUGGCGACACUGUCCGCCUUCUCCCAAGCACCAGGCUAGGCCAGGCCGUCUGUACCGACAUUCUGAGUAUCCGGUCUAUUCGGCUGAAGUGGUCAAGCUUGGACAAGGCUUCGAACAACGAUUACGACCAGGGACGUCCAUACAAUUCCGAGAUCAUGAUAUAUGGUUCGGCUUAUACCAGCGAUGCCUCUAGGUCGAACCAUCAAUGGGCGUCCGAUCAAGACGUCGAGUCUCCCAAGGCAGCUGACGGCUAUGGGUCCUUCUAUCCUCUUCAUCCGCCAGACAAGGAGCUUGCUGUCCCAUACGCUCGCGUCGUAGGCCGCUUGUAUGAGCGCAGUGCCAUGGAGCACUUUCUCGGCCCCGGUUCUGACGAUCUUCUGAACCUUGAUCUUGGUCGAGAAGCUUUGAUCGAGGCGCGCGCCUUUUCACGGAAGAACGAUGAACGUAUCGCACAAUCUCCCAAUGCCACCUGGUACUGGGGAGACAACCGGGCUGACGCACUGAGCCUCCGCACCCUCAACGGCCUCGACGUUUCCAAAUUCGACCCCGAGCGUGAUGUCAAAACACUUCGCAAGCAAUACCGGAUUAUCGAUGGUGCAGACGAUGGUGCACAGGAUGGAGAUUCAAAGGCUGCCUUGGACAACGCAUCCUGUGGAAGAGGACUGCGCCGCUUCAUGGCCCCCGCACUGCCAGCCCAGACAACCACGCAUACAUCAAGCGCCAAACAAGAUUCCAGUUCUGCUUCUAUACCUAGUGAUGAUGGCCCCCUAAUCACAAGUAAGAAGAGGCCUUACGUUAUUGACCUGGACGGCGACGGAUCUGACGACGAGAUCCGGCAGCAUACUCGAAUCGUCGAUGACCGAGAUCUCCCAAAGAAGAAGGCAAAAGUAUUUGUCGUCAUUGACUGA